AAGAAAAGGAGAAAGGGGUGAUUUAUUUAAGUCUCGUGCAGCGCGAGACUUGCGACCUUUGACACCUGCACAUUCACACUGCACCGGCACACAAGAUGGCGACGGCGAUGUUGAGAUUGGCAAGGUCGUCUCACCGACUUUGCAGCCCUCUGGGCGGAGGAGAGGCUGUUCGGGCUCUGAGCACAUCAGUCGUCCACCAUGCUCCCGAAGCAAAGGCUGCAGCUGCCCCAGCCAAGACCAAGAAGACUCUGGCAAAGCAGGGAGUCAGGAACAUUGUGCUGGUGGAGGGUGUCCGCACACCCUUCCUGCAGGCUGGAACCUCGUAUGCCAACAUGAUGCCCCAUGAUCUGGCCAGACAAGCUUUACUGGGUCUUUUGCAGAGGACAGCACUACCCAGAGACAUGGUGGACUACAUCGUGUUUGGGACGGUGAUCCAGGAGGUGAAGACGUCCAACCUGGCCCGCGAGGCUGCCCUGGGGGCGGGGUUCUCCGACAGGAUCCCGGCUCACACCGUCACCAUGGCCUGUAUCUCCUCCAACCAGGCCAUGACUACAGCCGUGGGCCUGAUUGCUGCUGGCCAGUGUGAUGCAGUAGUGGCUGGUGGGGUGGAGUUUAUGUCAGAUGUUCCUAUCCGCUUCAGCCGCAAGAUGCGCAGUAUCAUGAUGAAAACUCCUAAGGCUAAGACUGCUGGAGCCAAGUUGGGACUCCUGGCCCAGAUCAGACCCAGCUACCUGGCACCUGAGCUCCCUGGUGUGACAGAGUUCUCCACCAAUGAGACCAUGGGACACUCUGCUGACAGGCUGGCUGCUGCGUUUGGUGUCACCAGGAAGGAUCAGGAUGAGUACGCCUUGCGCUCCCACACUCUGGCACAGAAGGCUCAGGAUGAGGGGAACCUGUCUGACGUGGUUCCAUGCCCUGUGCCUGGCAAGGGUGUUGUGACCAAAGACAACGGCAUCCGAGUGUCCAGUAUGGAGCAGAUGGGCAAGCUGAGGCCAGCUUUUGUCCGCCCACAUGGAACCAUCACUGCUGCUAAUGCUUCAUUCCUGACCGAUGGUGGCUCAGCAGUCUUGAUUAUGGAGGAGCAGAAGGCCCUGUCCAUGGGCUACAAACCACUGGCUUACCUGAGGGACUUUGUGUACACAUCCCAGGAUCCUAAGGAUCAGUUACUGCUGGGGCCGACCUACGCUACACCAAAGGUUUUGGACAAGGCAGGGCUGAAGCUUCAGGACAUUGAUGUGUUUGAAUAUCAUGAGGCCUUCGCUGGCCAGAUCCUUGCUAACUUGAAAGCCAUGGACUCAGACUGGUUUGCCCAGAACUACCUGGGAAGGCAGGCAAAGGUUGGAGUGCCAGAUGUGAAGAAAUUCAACAACUGGGGAGGAUCGCUGUCCAUCGGUCACCCCUUCGGAGCUACCGGUUGCCGCCUGGUCACCACGACCGCCCACCGGCUGAAGAAGGAGGAUGGACAGUUUGGCCUGGUGGCUGCAUGUGCUGCAGGAGGACAGGGACACGGGAUGAUUGUGGAGCGGUACCCAUCGUGAAGAGCUGAAGGAAAUGUGAGAGGGAAGAAUCUUGGGAUAGUAACAUAGUCACUACAGUUGUGGCCUACAUAUAAUAUGUGUAAAGGUGGGAGGUCGUCAAAAAAGAAGAUGAGAAGAAAAGUACAAGAGAGAAAGGGGCUUGUAGCUUUAUUUGGAAGACCGUGAUGAUGUGUGUUAUUUCUGUGGCCUUCUUAGUGUGAGUGUGAUAACUAUCUGUAUAUAUGCUAUACAUACAGACCUGUAAGGGAAAUACAAGUUUUGGUUGUAGUAACAUAUCCUGAAACUAUUUUACAUGUAGCUAGCAAAGCAGGUAACAGUCCCAGUAACAUUAACAGUCCCAAUUGUUCACAUACAUGUAUAUGUGUCUAUAUUGCUUCAGCACAAAUAUGAAUUUGGCUAGAGGCCAAGAACAGAUUUGAUGAUAUUAACCUACAAUUGUCACAACAGUCUGCUGUGAUGGCUUUCUGUGUUUAAUGUUUAUCAUGUCAGCUCAGAGAAAUUACACCUGUGAAAAACGUU